UUACUCUUUUUCUUCUUCUUCUCCUCUUCAACACAGUAAGAUGGAGAAGGACAAAAGCCUUGUGUGGGAUUGUGGCAGCUCUCUCUACGACUCUUUCGAGCUCAAGUCCUUCAUGCAGCAGCUGGACUCCGCGAUCACCUCCCGGACCAUGUCGAUGCCGCACUUGUCCGGGACCUCUCAUCCGCCUCCCGCGCAGGCCCGGAAGAAGUCCUCCAAGCUCUUCAGAUCAGUUCACAGGCUUCUCCGGUCGGUGCUCCACGUUCCAUCCAUGCUCAAGGUUCAAGUUCGGUCGCACGAACACAAGGAUCGAGCACCGCACCGGAAGUCCGGUCGACUCGCUUCGAUUCCGGAGAUCUCGGAGAAGGAAGCGGCGGCUUCCCCGGAGAUCCGCGCGUCGGUGAGGAAGACCAUGUCAGCACGCUUCACCAGCGCGACCGCACCGCCGCCGCCGGCGUUAUCAUGAGGAUAAUUCAGUUGAUGUCCAUCAGCUCCUACGGUGCGGGUUUCUUGGGAGAGAACGAAGGAGAUGAGGAAGCUUCGACACGAAGACUUUGACUUGUAUGAACAGACGAGAGUAGGUAUUGCAUGAUGUCUAGGAAUGUAGACAGUGGACAUAAAGUCAAGGCAACACCGGCAUAUAUAAUGUUACAGAUCGAAACACUGAUCUGACGUGAUCGUA